AAAAAAAAAGACCAGCCUCUUGAUAUAUAAGGGAAAAAGCAACAGAGGAAACAAGGAGAAAAAGGAGAGCAAAGCAGGCAGAGCCUAGUAGAUUAGGCGUGAUGUCAAUGAUUUGAUGGACACAAUAUUCUAUCUUCAGCUCCUCUCCCACUGGGCUCCUUGCCACCUUCAGGUCUCAGCACAAGUAUCACUUCUUCAGAGGGACCUCUCUGACUACACUAUCUAAAGUUGGCCUCCCAGUUACUCUCUAUUACAUCACUAUUUAUGUUCUUUACGGCAGGUAUUACAAUCGUCUAACUUGUUUCUUUGUGGUCUAUAUCCUCCACUACAACUUGAGCUCCAUAAAGUCAUACUUUAGCCUCGUUACCAAGCAUAAUGGCUGGCACACUGAGACCACUCAGUAUGUGUUGUAUAAAUGAACCAGUGCCUCUGGGCAGUACAUUGACCACAGAGAAAAGAACCAUAACAAUUUUGUUCUAUUUUGGUUGCAGGAAGCCACCUGUUUAUCCUUCAAUAGCUCUAGAAAGCCUAGACUAUUAUAAGACAUGUACCAUGCUGCCAUAAGGGUAAUGCCAAAUUGUUACUCCAUUCAGACAGAAAAACAGUUGUCCUUAACAUGACUAAAAGCAUCCAAUAUUGUGGUUAAUGUAUUUGGUGACAAAUAUUUUCAAUUUGCUUUUAAGCUAAUAUGCGGAUUAAAAUGUGUAUAAUUUUCCCCCUGAAUUUUUUCCAUUGGCUAAGAACCAAGAGUGUGAGAAGCAAUGAAAAGGUCUAUCACUGAGAAACUGAGCCACACUUGAAGGUUCUGUGCGAGGCCUAGGAAUUUGCUUGAGAUUGAAGAUUCCAAUUUUCUACUACUUAAUUCUCUUUCAACUAUGUAAUUAAUAUAAUCCCACUGCUGCCCUUGCUUUCCAUCUGACACUUGUUUUGAGAAACUAAGUAGGAAGGCGUAAGAAAUGCCCCUCUUUGAGCCUGUUCUUUCGCGGCAGGGCUUCGUAGAGCCAAAUAUCAAGCUAGACAUCUUGAUGCUGAGAGAGCACCCACCACUCCAAGGCAGGGAGAAAGGAUGGGACCUGGCCACAGUUCCAGUAAACAAGCUGCAUCUUGUGAGUCCAGUUAAUUAGGGUCAAGCUACCCUUUAUGCAGUUGCUUUUUCGACUCCUGAGCAUUUAGUAUCAUAAGUGUUUUAGCCAUGUCACUGCUGUCCACAGGAAAGAGUAGCCCCCAACGUCCGCCCGCACAGUGGCAAAGAAUGAUUAUUAAGAAAUCCCCAAGGGGGCGGUGAAGCGCUACAGAGGAGCGUCUGGCUGCGAGGUCGCGCGGUCCCUCCGUCUCGUGAAACACUCUCUCCGAGGCCCAUCCUGAAGAAUCCAUUAAAGAAAGUCGGAAAUAUCUACACCUUCGGGACCCACGACGGCUCGUGGCGCCCCGCUCAAGCGUCUGGGCCUAAGGCCUGUGCAUCCGACAUUCGGUGAGGCCACUUCCGCGUCCCCAGCUUCCCGACAGCCACUUCGGAGAGGCCGGCACUCUUGACCAUGUGCAGCCCCAGGAUUUGGAGAAGCUGAAGGAAGAUCUGGUGGGAGCUGAAGGAGCUGCAGGCCCAGCUGCUUCCCCAUGCCAACAAGUUGGGUUGUUUCCAGUUUGGAGCUAAUGUAGAUGAAGCUGCUAUGAACGUUCUUGUACAAGUCUUUGCAUGGACAUAUGCUUUCAUUUCUCUUAAGGCUAUUUCACAUAGUGGAGCCCAUGGUCUGCAAGAAGAAAAGGAACUUUCCCCACCUGCUCCACUGAGGAAAAUUCUGGAAAGGAGUCUGAUUGGCCCAGCCUGGGCACCUUCAUCACUAAUCACUACUAAUCUAAUCACUACUGAAAAUGAUUACUGACUACUAAUUAGUCACUGCUACUAAUAAGGGACACAGGGAAUUUUAAUUGGUCAGCUCUGGAGUUUGAGUAUGAUGAUAAGCAGUUUUCUCAAAGGAAGGGGAUGCUGUUAACAGAAGUAUGAAAAGUAGUUGCUGGGUUCACAGACACAAUGGAUGACCACUACCAUGUAAUACACAUUGCUGAGAGAGAGAACUAUUUGAUGACCUAAAAGUAAUAGACUACAGUUGGUGGACUUUCUUAAAAUUCCCUUGAUACAUACUUAUCAUAUAAACUGUUGUUCCUACAAAGCUAAUCUAUUCUCUUUGGGCCACGUGGCAUAUUAUAUAUAACAUGUAAUAAAUACCAGUUUUUUAUACUUGAAAGUUGUUAAGAGAGUAGAUCUUAAAUGCUCUCACCAAAGGAAAAAAAAGGGUGACUGGAAAUGUAGACAAGAAUAAGCUGUUAGUAUCCUGAUGGCUUUUAGUAUACGCUGACACAUUGUUUGUGAUGGCAUCCGAGACUGAGAUGACCCACGCUUUACUCCAGUCUUGUAGUCCUGAAUCUCUUAUUUCUAGCCUUGGUCUGGGGAUAUUUUGCCUAGUAGCUGACAGACUUCUUCAGUUUUCCAUAAUUCAGCAAAAUGACUGGCUGCGUGCCCUGUCAGAUAACGCAGUACAUUGUGUGAUUGGCAUGUGGUCGUGGGCAAUAGUCAUUGGAGUCAAGAAGAAGACUGACUUUGGGGAAGUCAUUUUAGCUGGAUUUUUAGCCUCUGUUAUUGAUGUCGACCACUUUCUUCUAGCUGGAUCCCUAUCUUUAAAGGCUGCUUUGACUCUUCCACGGAGACCGUUCCUUCACUGUUCUACUGUGAUACCCAUUGUGGCUCUGACCCUGAAGUUUACUGUGCAUUUUUUCAAGCUCAGAGACUCGUGGUGCUCUCUUCCCUGGAUGUUAUUUAUAUCCUGGACCUCACACCAUGUCCGAGAUGGAAUUCGUCACGGCUUGUGGAUAUGCCCAUUUGGAAAAACUUCUCCUCUGCCAUUCUGGCUUUAUGUGAUAAUCACAUCAUCUUUACCUCACAUCUGUUCGUUCGUUAUGUAUUUAACAGGGACCAGACGAAUGAUGUCUUCAAAACAUGGAAUUCUUAUUGAUGUCUGAGGUAACCAUAUGGCAGUCUCAGAGAAGCAAAUGAUUCAGACAAUGAUAACUAAGGGUAGCUGACAUCAAAGUGGAUUUUUAAAAACAUAUUAGGUACUUAUAUUAAUUAUUAUAAUUCCUGAGUCCUCUUGUCAGGAGGCAUGUACAAUUUUUUAAAAAUUUAUAUACUUGGGGCCGGCCCCGUGGCUUAGCGGUUAAGUGCGCGCGCUCGGCUACUGGCGGCCCGGGUUCGGAUCCUGGGCGCGCAACGCCGCACCGCUUCUCCGGCCAUGCUGAGGCCGCGUCCCACAUACAGCAACUAGAAGGCUGUGCAACUAUGACAUGCAACUAUCUACUGGGGCUUUGGGGGGAAAAAAAAAAAAGGAGGAGGAUUGGCAAUAGAUGUUAGCUCAGGGCCAGUCUUCCUCAGCAAAAAGAAGAGGAUUAGCACGGAUGUUAGCUCAGGGCUGAUCUUCCUCACAAAAAAAAUAAAUAAAUAAAACUGUUAAAAAAAAAUUUAUAUACUUGUAAUUCUAUUUCUUCUCUAACACUCUGGUGCAAUAUUAGAGUUUCAUUUAUUCAGUGAUAUAUUUUUAUUGUUUCUUCUGUUUAUCUGGCUUUACUAAUAACUCUAUUAGAUUAACAUCCAUUAAGUUUUCUGAAAGGAAGCCUUUAAGGUAGUCCAUUAGCUGAUGAAAAACAGCUCAAAUUUUAGGGUGACUAAUUUGUGGAAAGUUAGCAUUAUAUUUGGAUCCACAUUUUCCUGAGAUAUUGAAACAGUGAAAUGGCCAAAAUAAAUGGGGUCAUGAGUAAGGCUUAUAGUGAACUCGAACAUUAUUUCAUGUGUGUUGACGCUGACUGAAGUUUAAUUUGCCAAGUGCUUUAGUGAGUUGUGAUUAUUGGCAGAAUCUGUUCAGUGCACUUGUGAGAAAUCGCUAUAAUAUUCAUAAAAGACCAUAACUAACAUUAGGUCUAGGUUAUUGUUUUGGAAAUCAGUUUAGGGAAUAAUCACUGUAAUACAUUAGCUAUCGUAACAUCUUAUUAUUUUUUCAGUAUCUUUGCCCAAAUAUCUCAUGUGUUAGGGUUUUCACUGUUUUGAAAAACAUAACUAAACUUAACAAAAUAUUUGUUAAAAAUUAACAUUAACAAAAUAUUGAUAGUUGGCUCACAACCAUAGAAUUUGAAUUCACACAGAAAAGGACUUACCAGUAAUGUCAUUUCAAAUGUAAACUCCUGAAUGGGCCAUUAAAAUUGUUUUAGUUGCUAUCAAUUUGUUUACACACUAUUCUAAAGUAUUAUACCAGUUAAAUCAUUUUUAAAAAUCUGUCUGAUACUGAAAAAACAUAUUUUUUUCAAAAUAAAGUCAUUUUAGGAAAUUUGCUUUUUCCUUUGUUCUUUCAAAUUGACCUUCUGUUAAAAGUGAUUAACCUUUAUUAGAGAAGGAAAAUUUAGUUGCUGUAAAUUUUGCAUCUGCACAGUUUAAUGUUAUUUUGAUAUAAAAGUCAAUGUCCCAAAGGCACCUGCUUUUUUUUGUAGGAUAUGUGUCAUCUGCUGUCUUCAGAUUUUCUUUCACAUUGGAUUUGUAAUGCUGGUGGUUGUGUGCCUUAUACUCUGAGAAAUUAUGAAGCAAUGGCUUAUCCAAAGCAGAUUUUUCUUAUUUAUUAAGUUAAACAGAGUUCUGUAAAUUGUUAUAAAAGUUCAAGCUCUAGUUUAGUUUAGUUUUUCUUUUUGUUGUUAACCAACUGGGUGCAUUCCAUUAUAUUUUACAGUCUAUUGGAUCUUUGUCUUUUGGGAGUAAUUAUUGUGUCAGUUUGGUUGGUUUAAUAGUAAAUAUUAUAUGGGGGGGUAAAUUUGAUUAAGGUGGAGAUUUUUAUAAAGCAUAUGAUUUCAGAAACCAAUGGAAAUAAAGCAUAUAUCUUGUGUAACUUUUUCUGACUAAAUAAUAAAACUCUACUUUUUUCUUUCCCUGUAUUAAACAAAGGAAUAUCAUUAGAAUAUAGGGACUUAUUUAAGAAUGUCACAUUGGCAUUUGGGGGGUUGUCCUAACUUUGUUUAGUAGAAUGGGGAUUCGCUUUG